AUGUCUUUAUCCAAGACGACCAAGUCAUACAGUUACCGGUCUGUAGGAGGCGGAAAUGCUGACAUAAAUAUCGACUAUUCCCACGACCUCAGCGCUUUAUCUCGGCUUGAAGAUAAGAUCAGACUUCUGCAAGAAGACUUAGAAUCGGAACGCGAACUCCGACAACGUAUUGAAAGAGAAAAAGCUGAUGUGAGUGUGCAAUUAAUAUCUCUCAGUGAACGUUUGGAAGAAGCUGAAGGCGGUGCCGAUAAUCAAUUUGAAAUUAAUAAGAAACGUGACACAGAACUUACUAAGCUCCGUAAACUAUUGGAAGAUGUCCAUAUUGAAUCUGAAGAAACAGCUCAUCUUUUGCGUAAAAAGCAUCAAGAGGUCGUCGCUGACUUCCAAGAACAGCUGGAUCAACUCGCCAAAGCAAAAGCUAGGACCGAAAAAGAAAAGGCUAAAUUCCAACAAGAAGUUUACGAACUUUUGGCCCAAAUUGAAAGUGCUAACAAGGAUAAAUACACUUCGAUUAAGACAAUUGAAAAACUAGAGAUCACUAUUCAUGAACUUAACAUUCGCAUUGAAGAAAUUACAAGAUCUGUCACUGAAAUCACUUCGAUCAAGAGCCGUUUGUCAAUUGAAAAUAUUGAAUUGGUUAAAGAAGUUCAAGAUUUAAAAGUAUCAAUUGAGAACACUACAUAUCUUAAGUCUCAAAUUGCUGGACAAUUAGAAGACGCUCGCAGACGACUAGAAGAUGAUGAAAGAAGACGCUCACUUUUAGAAUCUAACUUACAUUCAGUAGAAGUUGAAUUAGAAUCAGUAAGAGUUCAAAUGGAAGAAGAAUCUGAGGCUCGUUUAGACCUCGAGAGACAAUUAAUCAAGGCUAAUGGUGAAUCUCUAGCAUGGAAAUCGAAAUAUGAUUCUGAAGCAUCUGCUAGGGCCGAGGAAGUUGAAGAGCUACGUCGUAAAUACUCCGCACGUAUCCAAGAACAGGAGGAACAUAUCGAAACACUUUUGGUUAAAGUCAACAAUUUGGAGAAACAGAAGUCUAGGCUCCAAAGUGAAGUUGAAGUUCUUAUUAUUGAUUUGGAAAAGGCUAACAACACUGCAAGAGAUUUGCAAAAACGUGUUGAGCAUUUGGAAAGAGUCAACAUUGACUUGAAGAGUCGCCUUGACGAGACAACUGCAUUGUUUGAACAAGGACAACGGGACUUGAGAAACAAACAAAAUGAAAUUCAAAGAUUAACCCACGAAUUGGACAAAACCAGGGAACAAAAGGAUCAACUUACUCGUGAAAACAAGAAAUUGGCUGACGAUCUACACGACGCCAAGAACACUAUUGCUGAAUACAACAGAAGAUUGCACGAGUUAGAAUUAGAACUCAGACGGUUGGAGAACGAACGUGAUGAACUUAGCGCUGCUUACAAAGAAGCCGAAGCUGGAAGAAAAGCUGAGGAAGGUAGAUCAUUCAGAUUGUCUGCUGAACUUACACAAUUCAGACAUGAAGCUGAAAAACGUUUGGCCGAAAAAGAUGAAGAAAUUGAAUCUAUUCGCAAGCAAACAAGCAUCGAAAUUGAACAACUGAGUGCUCGCGUAGUUGAAGCCGAGACAAAAUUGAAGACCGAAGUGACGAGAAUUAAGAAGAAGCUGCACAUUCAGAUAACUGAAUUGGAAAUGUCAUUAGAUGUGGCCAACAAAAAUAACAUUGAGCUACAAAAAACUAUCAAAAAGCAAUCUCUCCACUUAACGGAAUUGCAAGCUCACUACGACGAAGGUCAACGCCAGUUGGCUGUUACAUUGGAUCAAUUGGCCAUUGCUCAGCGCAAGAUCCAAUCUCUUACUGGAGAAAUGGAAGAACUCCGUGGAAACUACGACGCUACAUUGCGCAACAAACGUGCCAUUGAAAUUAUGUAUGAAGAAUCACAGAGCCGUGUUAACGAAUUGACCACUAUCAACGUUAACUUGUCGUCAUCCAGAUCUAAGAUUGAACAAGAACUACACCAAUUGGUAUCAGACUACGAAGAAGUAUCUAAGGAGUUGAGAAUAUCAGAUGAACGUUACCAACGGGUGCAAAUUGAAAUGAAACACACCGUAGAAGUAUUGCACGAAGAACAAGAGAGAGUGAUUAAGAUCGAAGCCAUCAAGAAGUCGUUGGAAAUCGAAGUCAAGAAUAUUUCUGUUCGUCUCGAAGAAGUCGAAGCCAACGCUAUUGUGGGUGGCAAACGCAUUAUUGGCAAAUUAGAAGCCAGAAUUCGCGACUUGGAAUUAGAAAUCGACGAAGAAAAACGUCGUCACGCCGAGAGCAUUAAGAUCCUGCGCAAGAAGGAACGUUCUCUCAAGGAGCUGGUCAUCCAAAGCGAAGAAGACCAUAAGAACGUGCAGCUCUUACAAGAAGCUUUAGACAAAGUCAACCAGAAGGUCAACAUUUACAAGAGGCAAUUACAAGAACAGGAAGGUAUGAGCACCCAGAGUGUAACUCGAGUGAGGCGAUUCCAGAGAGAAUUGGAAGCAGCCGAAGACAGAGCCGAUACUGCUGAAAGCAAUCUGUCUUUGAUCCGCGCCAAGCACAGGAGCUUCGUGACAACCUCACACCCAGGCUCUCAAGUGUAUGUUGUGCAAGAAUCGAGGGCUACAACUACGUCUUCAGAACAAUAUUAA